AUACACUUGCACUGGGCCUGAACAGUUUGGAUUGAUCAAUGCAUAUCAACAAAGAAAACACGAACAUUGGCACAAUCUAGUAUUACUAGUCACCGUGUGCACAUGAUGCAUAGAGAUGCCAAAUUUACAAAAUACCUGGGUAAUAAUUAUCGUCAAAAUGUCUUGUUUAUAUGAACAUUCCGAGGAGUAAGAUGCGAAAUAAACUUCGCUGUGUCUCGUCUUCGUGUCCUGAUUGACAGCAAAAAGUAGAUGUGGGAAACAGGAUAACGUAGAUAUCCGUUUGAAACAAUAUAUUGCGCUUAAUUUGCCAGUCUGAAUAACUGAAUUUUGGAAAACGUUUGGUAAAUGCUCAAUUUAUUUUAGUAAAUUGUUUAUUUUGUAAGAGAGUAUAACAUUCGAAUAAUUUUCUGAUUAUGUACACCAAAUUUGGGUAAAAACCAACAUCGACAAAAUAACGCCAGUUUUAUGUUCGUACAUAUAUAACUUCCGUUCAGAUUUUAGCCUUUUAAUUAUAUUUAACUCGUUCUAUAAAAGUUUAAUCCAGGCCUACAUUUACUUUAACAAUAAACGUGAAUAUACUUUCAUCGAAUUAUUAUUCUAAACUUGCUCAACCGUUUUUUUAAACCACAAACGAUUAAAGGAAAGUAUGCGAUAUAACAAUAAUUGCAUGUUAACACUUUUCAUGUCAAUAUUCAGGUUUCCUAGGGUGCAUACAGCAGUCCUAUAAAGAUGUCUGGUGUAACCUAUAAAGACAUCAAGAAGGCGAAUCAAUUUUUAGAGGAUGCCCUUAGAACACACAUCGUGCUUGAUAGAAAUUUAGAGUCGGCGCAAAAGGUGUUUCCCGAAACCAAGGGGAGAGAGGGAUAUAUCGCAGCCACGGGUCAAGAGGGAUUUCUCUUUGCAAAAGAUCAAGAGGGAUAUGUCACAGACAUAGUGCGAGGUAGAGUCCAAGGCUAUAGGAAAACACCUGUUGGUAGAUACCAAAACCAAUGGCAAGAGCCCAUCACGAUUUACGGAAGAAACAACCCGGAUUGGGAGGUGAAGCUCAAGGCUUCCUCAUUUGUUGGAGACAUAGACGUUGAUAAUAUGGACUGGUUUGAGUCUCGGGUAGUAGUCGAUUUGGUAAUGGACUUACUUCAGAUAGAACUGCGCAGUCAGGCUAAAAAAUAUGAAGGUCUCGUUAUCAACUGGUACGUUCGACAGGGUAGCUCUCGAGAGGGAUUGAAAGUUGUCAAAGCUGACGAAUUUGACGUAAUGCUUGAAUUCCACUUUGACGGGCUCGACGAUCGUAUUAAACAAAUAUAUGUCAUAGAUGGGGAUAAACGGAUGUUCAUUCCGGGUCAUUGCUAUUUGGAACUGCGUGAUGUAACAAUCGAAUUAUUGAGAAAAAAUUACGCAAAGUUGUAUAAGAAAGGAGUAUUUAUAGAAAAGGAAGGAAAAAUCUUCCUAAGCUCCAAACAUCUUCACGUGCAGAUUUUCGAAUCAAUGGUAGAUUCGGCUGUAGAGAAAAUGAAUACAGAGAUAAAAAUUCACGAUAUAUUAGAAAUGAAAAAAUGCAAGUUUGCUUUGAAAAGAAAAAUGAAUCCUCCCUCAAUCAAUUUGGCUAUAACAUUUAAAGCGGCUGAACAAGUUUUCGACAUUGGACCGCUUAAAGACAAAGACAUGGACUUAGAUUUUGUUCCUGCCUUUUUGCUACGACAUGAUCAAACUACCAGCUAUGAAGGUGAACUUCUAAAAUGUCCGAUACAUGCGGUGUGCAAGUGGGCAGAAGAAAACAGCUUGAAAGCGCUCGAAAUUGCAGAUCAAACCCGCAUUUGGGAUGUCAAAUCAACAGGGUACGAGAAACACAUACUAGAUGUAGCUCGUGAAGAUGAAAGGAAACUGUAUAUUCUGACCGCGCUCAGAAUCUUGAAAACUUAUUUUGUAAAAACGAAAAAGUAUGCGAAAGAAUCGGGUUGCGCACCUCCACAGAUUGUUACAGUGCUGAAGUCCUACCACCUCAAACAGUUGGCCUUCUACCUUCUCAACUAUCUCUGCCACAAAUACCCACAUUUCGUAGUAGACGGUGUGCAAAAAGCGCUGAUGUAUUUCAUAGACGCCAUACGCGUCGCUCUGAAGGAAAAGCACCUGCCUCACUUAUUUUUCUCGGAUAACAACGUAAUUGAAACAAUGCUGCCGGGAUACCCACUGCUGCCUGGUCCAAAGCUGAGGUUUGAUCUAUUCAGAAAAAUACCAAACGAUUCUCUUAUACAAGCAUUGUUUUCACUGGAGAAACACCUCAUACCUAAUUUGGGCUUUUCAACAGGAGGUGACAGUGAUUAUCACGAUCAUGAGAGGGCACGAGUUCAUCAGGACUUCAAAAGCACAGUGUCAGGAUCUGAUUACUUCUAGGCAUUGUCGUUAUCUUAUGUACGGCGUGCUGCAGCUAAACAAACAACGUUUUAACGUUCGGCACUAAGAUGAAUGACUGCCUGUUAUUUUCUGAUAUUACCUCAUUAGAAGUUUUUUUUAUGGAAUUUUAUGUUAAUGAUGAUUAACAUAAUAUACUACUAAAAAACUUGUUGAUGAGAAGUACAAUUUGCGUUUACAAUUACAUUCAGUUAUAGCAAUUCAUUAUAAUUCAAAUCAUUAUGUUAAUAUGAAAAUAUUGUAUAAAGUUUGUAACAAUACAAA